AUGUCUUCGUCUGCUGAGUACUUUCUCACACUCCCCCCAGAGGCGGAACCACGAACAAUCCUCGACCUCCCCCCCGAGAUAAUGCGUAUGAUUGCGGAUAGCCUCAAGGAUUCAGAAUUGAACUCUCUGGUUCGGACAUGCAAUACGAACUACACCAAAUGCAAUUGGGAGCUGUACAAGAGGGAUUCAAAAUCCGUCAACCCCCAGGCCUUGCUUUGGGGUUUUGGAAUGGUAAGGUCGCCCUGGACAGCUCUGCACUUCGCUGCCGUGUUCAACCAAAUGGAAGCCACCAAGUUUCUCCUCCAAAACGGAGCGGAUGCCACGGCCGUCUGCCCUAGAGACGGCUACUUUGUCCUCGCAGAUGUCAACGAUCCACUCCCGCGCACCCCUCUGUUCACAGCGCUCAAGACAAAAAGUGAGGGGGUUGCUGAAGUUAUGUUACGCCACGGUGUCUCGCCUCUGUGGGCUCCUCCCGGUACCGGUGGACACGCGAAGGAAACAGCCUUGUACUUGGCAGCUCACCUCGGUAUGUGGAAACUCCUUGGGCUCAUUGUCAACGCGGGGGUGGACGUCAACGCGGGUUGUCAUGUUGAUGAUAUACCCAGAUGGUCAACGGACCCUGCUGGAAAGUCCAUCCUUAGGAAGCUGUGUUACAGCAAGCGAAAGCCUUCAGAAAAGGUGAUUUCCGAGCUCGUCAAGUUGGGCGCGAAAGCAACUGUACGAGAAAUUCCAGGACGGACGAACAUGGUCCACCUCCUCCUUCAACUCAUCACAGGUACCGGGCAAGGUAAAAAGACCAACCCUGAUUGGCCCCUCGCAAGCAUUCUGCUAAGAACAGGAGCCUGUGACGGAACACUGAAUGAAGUCGAGGUUCUAGCAGCUAUCCAGAUAACCUUGUUUCCGAGGAAGUGUCCAUACACCCCGCACCUCACCAGGCACACUCUCUCCAAUCUCAUAUGGUACAACAGAAAAUCCCGUGCAUACUCGAUUGAGGCAUGCCUGGUCGGAAGAUGCUGCAGAUGCAAGCUUGGUAAAGGCCGGUACCCCGAGAACGAGCCGACAACCGGGAGAAAAUUGCAGACCGAGCUUCUCCAAGAACUCGUGAAUUUCCAAGUCCGUCAUUACGGUCGGGAGGGGCUUGACGCCCCCUUACCCUUCCUCACGGAGACCUUGCUUACCUUGUUAGCACGCCACCGGCAUGCGAACACGACCGCCUUGGAUAUUUGGCUUGAGUUAAUGCCGGACGACCACAAGACCAAAGUCGUCAAUGUUCGACGCCAAACUGCUCUGCACAUUGUUCUGAAUAUCGAUACUUUCGAAGAAAAGUUAUGGUACGUUGGCGGCAAGCCUACAAGGAAUAUCGACAGAGCCUUCGAUCAACAACACGAUGCCCUCUUUUAUCUCCUGGAGCGGUGUACAUCGGAUGAGCUGCUGGCCCAAGAUGUUGAGAAGUGCACCCCUUUACAGCUACUUUUGGGCGGACUCUACUGGGAUCAAGAUUCAGAGUACUAUGCGGGCCUUGUUGACCUAAACACAAUACCCCUUGAGCCCUUUUCCGAGGAAGUGUGGGCAAAGAAGUGUCUGGCAUUCGUCGAGAGGACGCUAAUGGUGAUUCCUGAGCUGUCAGACUCUGUUUAUCAACGAGUUGUUGAGGAGCUUCACUGGCGUCGCUGGGAACUUGGCUGCGAAUCCGGCAUCAUCUAUCUUGGCAGAAUCGGGGGCCGGGGAAGAGAGCCACACUACUUUCCGAGUUUCAAACCUCAAGAUGGGGAGAUGAAACGUCCAAUCCCUCAGAAUCCUCCCCUGUUGCCUGUGCCAUUUGAAGCCGCACCAGCAGCAGAGCCGACCUCAGCAGAGUCUACGCAGCCAGCAGAGCUGCCAAUCCGACCAGCAAAGCACGCUCUACCAGACGGGCCCGCGGCUCCAGAAAAGCGACAACGAACAACGGAGUCCCAGGAAACGGAAGAGGAGACCGCCAACGAUCAUGCUGUUGCAGGACAGCCAAAUGUGCCGCCGUCAACACCAGUUUCUGGGUUCGAUAUCGACUUCGAAGCGUUGAUGGCAAACGUCCAAGAGGAGUACGACAAUGCCUGGUCAACAUAA